AUGGCCCAAGGCGCGCAGCAAGGCCGCGGGGGCGCGGGCUGGGGGCUGCGCGGCGCCCUGGCGGCGGUGGCGCUGCUCUCGGCGCUCAAUGCCCUGGGGACCGUGUUUGCGCUGUGCCAGUGGCGCGGGCUGAGCGCGGCGCUGCGGGCGCUGGAGGCGCAGCGCGGCCGCGAGCAGCGCGAGGACAGCGCCCUGCGUGCCUUUCUGGCCGAGCUCAGCCGCGCGCCGCGCCGGGUCCCCGAGCCGCCCCAGGACCCCGCGAGCGCGGCGCGCAACAAGCGCAGCCACGGCGGGCAGCCCGCGCCGCACAUCCGCGCUGAGAGCCAGGACAUGCUGAUGAUGAUGACCUACUCCAUGGUGCCGGUCCGAGUGAUGGUCGACCUGUGCAACAGCACUAAGGGCAUCUGCCUGACAGGACCACCUGGCCCACCAGGACCUGCAGGAGCGGAUGGCAUUCCAGGACACAAUGGCUCAGAUGGACAGCCUGGUCCCCAGGGCCUGAAAGGCGAAAAGGGGCCAAAUGGAAAAAGAGGCAAAAUGGGGCUACCUGGAGCCACAGGAAACCCAGGGGAAAAGGGAGAAAAGGGAGACCCUGGUGAGCUGGGCGUGGCCGGAAACCAGGGCCCACCGGGGCAGAAGGGUGAGAAGGGAGACAAAAGGGACGUGUCCAACGACGUGCUGCCGACAGGUGCCAAAGGCGACCAAGGCCCGCCCGGCCCGCCUGGACCCCAGGGCCCUCCAGGUCCUCCAGGACCACCCGGAAGCAGACGGGCGAAAGGCCAGCGGCAGCCAAACAUGUUUAACGGCCAGUGCACAGGUGAGACGUGUGCUGUGCCAAACGACGACACCUCCGUGGGAAAAGCCGACGAGAAAGCCCAUGACCCCCAGUCCCCACCAGCAGAGUCAGUGAUCGCGUCCAUUGGAAACGCGACGCAAGUGUUUCAAGUGAAGGAGACGUUCGGGACGUGGAUGAGGGAAUCUGCCAACAAGAGCGACGACCGGAUCUGGGUGAUCAAACACUUUUCAGGCAUCCUGGUGAAGGAAUUCAAAGACUGGCCCUCACUUUUGAAUAACAGUUACAGGUCCAUACAACUCCCGCAUUAUUUCCAAGGCUGUGGACAUGCUGUUUACAACAACUCUCUCUACUACCACAAGGCAGGCUAUAAUACCAUCGUGAGAUUCGAAUUUGGCAAAGAGGUCGCUGAAACGCUGAAGGUGGAGAACGCUUUGUAUUUCGAUAGAAAGUACCUCUUUGCAAAUUCCAAGACGUACUUCAACCUAGCCGUGGAUGAAAAGGGCCUUUGGAUCAUCUAUGCUUCCAGCGUGGACGGCGCGAGCAUCCUGGUAGCUCAGCUGGACGCAAGGACAUUCUCUGUGGUGCAACACAUCAACACCACAUACCCCAAGUCCAAAGCCGGCAAUGCCUUCGUUGCCCGAGGGAUCCUCUACGUCACCGACACUAAAGACCUGAGCGUAACCUUUGCCUUUGAUUUGCUGGGCGGAAAGCAGAUCAAUGCAAACUUUGCUUUCAGGACAUCCCAGUCUGUUCUUGCCAUGCUGUCGUACAAUAUGAGAGACCAGCGCUUAUAUUCCUGGGAAGAUGGGCACUUAAUGCUCUAUCCUGUGCAGUUUCUGUCAGCUACCCUCAACCAGUGAGGUGACGCUGUUCUCCUGCAUGCAUUUCAGGUGUUCUCUGGGACCCUGUCUAAAUGUGUCUUUAAGAUGAGCCUGAUCCUUAGACAAUAAUCUUACCGCGUGAGUGUGUCCAUAUGGCCCCUUGAAAUUCAGAUCCCUUAGUGGGAUGAGCAAUGGCGUGGGAGUCGAAAUGGCGGAGGUCUGCUCGUUCUUCCACAGACCAGCCGGGCAAGUCAUUUCUCCCUCUGUGGGCCUCAGUUUCCCAAUCGGUAACCCGUAGGAGCUGGCUGAGAGGCCUGCAAAGACUACCUCUAGCUUCAGGAAACCCUGUGAUUCUGGGCUUCGGGUACUCUCGCAACUUUCAUACACGCAGUUUUAUUUGGGUUUUAUUGUCUAACCACCUGGCGGUUUACCCUUCAGUUGAUAAAGAUGUGGCGUCCCUUUGAUGCCAAGAGUGACUUCAACGAACGCCGCAGGAAAGGCUUCCGUUGGUCCCUUAGGAAGCUGCAGGGACCCUUUAGGGUUGCUAAGAUACUCUUCAUCCAUAAUCUAGUAUUCUUCUCCGCACAUGCACCACAGCAUCUGGUUGGCCAUUGGCCUCAGCUCCUGAUCACAGCUCCUAGAUUAGUAAAACCUGGGCACCACUGUCUGGUCUGGGUUCUUAAUGACACAGAAUCGAGGCCUCCCAGGCCCCCUGUUUCUGACCCUGCUGAUCUGCGGCUGUGGAUCACGAGCAGUGAAUGGCCCUCGUCACACUGGAGGUUUCUAGCACGGCCAUGGGUCCGAGUGCUAAGCAGCGUGUGCAUUAACCUGGCUGGAGACACAGGAUGCACUUUGCAUCUUUAAGAGCAGCACCAGUGGUGGCUGCUAUCCGUCGACAGUGGGAGCCUGCCAACUGCGGACCCUCGGCCAAAGCCAGCCCGCUUCCUACUUUUAAUAAAGACAGUUUUGUAUUGGC